CGUGAGGCAGUGCGAGGCGUGAAGCGCGGCGGCGGGCUUCUGAGGGGGCGCGAGCCGAGUUUUCGGAGGUCGGCGGUGUGGACACGGACUGCUGUGUGAACGGACUGCUGUGUGAACGGCGGAUGCUGCCCCGGGUCGUGGAGGAGAAGUCAGAUUCUAAAAGUAUUUUUCCCUUCUCUAUGGACUUAACAUAAAAUUAGUCUGUGUUUGGGUCUGUUUUCUAAAUACCAACACCAUAAGCUCAAAUCCCCUACAAAGACACUGGGUUCUUCAGCCAUGAUUUGUGGGAAAGACUUUGUGGAAACGUUAAAAAAAAUCAAUUAUCCCAAAGCUGAUAUUCUUAAUGGGGAAGAUUUUGACUGGUUGUUUGAGACUGUUGAAGAUGAAUCAUUUCUGAAGUGGUUCUGUGGAAGUGUGAAUGGACAGAAUGUAUUGUCUGAGGAAGAAUUGGAAGCUUUUAGCAUUCUUCAAAAAUCAGGCAAGCCCAUCCUAGAAGGAGCAGCAUUGGAUGAAGUUCUUAAAACCUGUAAAACUUCUGAUUUGAAAACAUCUACCCUGGAUGACAAAGAGCUAGAGAAGUUAGAGGUUGAGGUUCAAACUCUGCAGAAAUUAAAGAACCUAAAAAUUCAACGACGUAAUAAAUGCCAGGUGAUGGCUUCAGAAACAAGCCACAAAUCUCUGAGGUUAAAUGCUAAAGAAGCAGCAGCCACUAAAAGGCUGAAGCAGAGUCAAGGAAUUCUAAAUGCCAUGAGUACUAAAAUAAGUAAUGAACUUAAAGCUCUUACUGAUGGAGUUGCUAAACUGAUGAUUUUCUUCAAACAUUCUAAUUUGGAUCAAGGGGCAAAUCCACUGGUGUUUUUAUCUCAGUUUUCCUUGGAAAAAUAUCUAAGCCAGGAAGAGCAAAGCACAGGAGCAUUAACUUUAUAUACCAAGAAACAAUUUUUUCAGGGUAUACAUGAAGUAGUCGAAAGUUCAAAUGAAGAAAAUUUUCAACUUUUAGAUAUACGGGCACCAUCUAUUUGUGAUAAUCGAGAAAUCCUUGAGGAGAGAAGGCUGGAGAUGGCUAGGCUGCAGCUAGCCUACAUUUGUGCUCAACAUGAGUUAAUUCACUUGAAAGCAAGUAAUUUGAACAUGAAGUCAAGUAUACAAUGGGCAGAGGAGAAUCUUCAUAGCCUCACUAGAAAGGAUCUUGACAAAGAUAAUUUGGAUGCUAAAAUUUCUACCUUGAACAGUGAGAUUCUGAAACUUGAAGAACAAAUCUCUCAUAUGAAAGAUAAAAGUUUGCCUGCUGUGAUAAAAGAGAAUGCCCAGUUAUUGAAUAUGCCAGUCGUAAAGGGAGAUUUUGAUCUACAGAUUGCUAAGCAAGACUAUUAUACAGCAAGACAAGAGUUAGUUUUAAAUCAGUUAAUAAAGCAAAAAGCAUCUUUUGAACUUCUACAGUUAUCAUAUGAAAUCGAAUUGAGAAAGCAUUGGGACAUACAUCGUCAACUUGAAAAUUUGGUUCAAGAACUUAGUCAAAGUAAUACGAUGCUCCACCAGCGAUUAGAAAUGCUAGCAGACCCAUCAGUAACUCAGCAGAUAAAUUCAAGGAAUACCAUUGAUACCAAGGACUUCUCUACUAAUAGGCUUUAUCAACUUUUAGAAGGAGAGAAUAAGAAAAAAGAAUUGUUCAUAACCCAUGGAAACCUGGAGGAAGUGGCUGAGAAAUUAAAAAAGGAUGUUUCUUUAGUACAAGAUCAAUUGGCAGUAUCUACUCAAGAACACUCUUUUUUUCUGUCCAAACUGAAUAUUGAUGUAGACAUGCUUUGUGAUACUUUGUAUCAAGGAGGAAAUCAGCUAUUGCUUAGUGAUCAGGAGUUAACAGAGCAAUUUCAUCAAGUUGAAUCCCAACUGAAUAAACUAAAUCAUCUUCUUACUGAUAUUCUUGCUGAUGUGAAGACAAAAAGAAAAAUUUUGGCAUCUAAUAAACUGCAUCAAAUGGAAAGAGAAUUAUAUGUAUAUUUUUUAAAAGAUGAAGAUUAUCUGAAAGAUCUUGUGGAGAAUUUAGAAAACCAAUCAAAGAUUAAGGCUGUUGGUUUUGAAGUGUGAAAAUUAUUAAAAACUGAAUCUUUACUACAGAGCUAUGCUAUGUUUUAAUGUUUUAUAUAUUAGGAGGAAAAUGUAGCUAAUAAACCCUACUAAAAUUUUAAAUUUGAUGCCAGUGGAACAUUUCAUUUAAUUUAUUUAAGUUUUACAUUGGUUGUUUUUUUUUUCCUUAUAUAAUGCGUUCAAAGUACCAGUGCUUUCUAUGAGUUGAAAAUUUGCUUGAUGGCACUUAGUACUGGUAACUUUACUUACAAGGAAAAAGCAUUGUUAUAUAAUGCAAAUAUUUUUUAAUAGGAUUAGUUCUGUCUCUCCUUUACUGUUUUUCUUCGAAAUAGAAAUUUUUUAUUGUUAAAUAUUUUAAACCUUUGUAGAACUUAGAGUUAGCAUUGUUCAACCUGUGAACCUUAAUAUAUGGAACAGCCAAGUUCCCUCAUAUUUAGCUAUAAAGUAAAACCAUACCACUCAAACUGUAAUUCCCAUAAUUCCCUGCUGUAGACUUUGAAAAUCUUUGUACCUAUUUGCUCUUCAAAAAGUAUCAGAUGUCCUUUGACCAUUGUUCAUUUUAGCAACUGGGUCCUGGGAAAUCAAAAUUUCUGCAGGACAAAUCGUACUGGUGCUUGGACUUCUGCUUUGGUGGUGCUUUGACUUACACAUUACGAAUGACUCUUAAAUGAAAUUUGAAAAUACCAUAGAAGUGGUUGUUUAGAGGAUACAUAAUGCUGUUUUAAUCAGUUUCUUUGGAGUGAAAAUACUUAAAUGUUAGAUUGUAUUAAUUGGGAUACACACAAGUGUAUUAUUUGGACAAUUAGAAAUUAUUUUGAGUGGUAUGAAGUCAUUUGGAGUAGCUUAUUAGGAUAUCAAAUGGUUCUUGAGUGCUUGAUUUAUAUGUGGCCUGUGGUAUAUAACAUGUAAGCUUUAUAGAGGAACAAGAAGAUGGAGUUAAUACUUUCAAGAAGAUUUCUGCUUCAGAAUAUAUUGUCUUUUUAAAAAGAGAUGCCCAUCUAAAGUGCAUUUUAGGUGGUCUUUUUGAAAUUCUUUAGCUAUUACCAUCAGAACAUGGAUAUGCUUAGGAGACAUAUAAGUCCUGAUAAUUUUUAUAAUCUGUUGAACAAAAAUAUUUUGCCAGCUAUUGUAUUUGUACAUUAUUUAAAAAUUUACAUUUACUAAAUAGAUCUAAAUAUGCAUGAAAAUUUGUAAUUUGUAAUAAAUUUUGUCUAAGAUUUUGG